UUCAGUACAAUCUCGAACCCUUCUCUGCGCUGGGUUUUGUUGUUGGAGUUUGGUAUUUGGCCAAUAUCCAGUCUGCUGUCACUUUCCUUGGAAAAGAAAUGGGGUCUUGCUAGCAAGAGAGAAAAACAGGGGAAAAGAAAAACUUUACCAGGAAAAACAGAAAAAGAGAAAGGGAGCAUUGGGAUACAACAAGUAUAGUCCUUUAAUGAUUUGAAUUGGUUUGGAUUUUUUGUUUGUUGUUUUGGUGGGGGGCUUUGUUUGAUGACGAUGGUCGUAGGAAUAUGCCGCACCUUUCGCGAUCGAUCACUCGACCGAUGCUUCCAGUGUUUCCCUUGUCUCUCCGAUCCUGCUCUGAGGUCAUCAUUGGGUUUGAAAGUGGCAUUAGUGAUGCUGCAUCUGAUAUACGCUGGCAUUCUCUUCCUUUUCGAUAGCGAUUUGAUAGAGAAAACGAAGAGAGAACCAUGGUACACUGCUUUGUAUUUGUUGUUGUUUUUUGCCACGUUGGUGCAAUACUUUAUUACUUCUGGUUCUUCUCCCGGUUAUGUACUUGAUGCAAUGAAGGCUGUUAACGAGACAAAUGUGAUAUAUAAGAAGGCAUCAAUAGCCUCAAAACAGCCUGCUUCAAGCAAAAAUGGAAGCUUGAUUGUCACUGUAGAAGGGAGUCAAUCAACUAGAAAUUUACAAGGGAAUAAUGUCACAUCUUGGACAAAGUUGGUGAUGGACAUGUAUCCCCCUGGAACACCCGUUAGGACUUGCACUUGCUCCUAUUGUAAUGUUGAGCAGCCUCCUCGAGCAAAGCAUUGUCAUGAUUGUGAUAAAUGUGUUCUUCAAUUUGAUCAUCAUUGUGUAUGGCUCGGAACAUGCGUUGGCCAGGGUAAUCAUUGCAAAUUUUGGUGGUACAUUUGUGAAGAGACAGCAUUGUGCCUCUGGACUGGCAUCUUGUACGUUACAUACCUGAAGGCCAACAUAUCAAGGGCUUGGUGGAAGGCUGCUAUUAUGAUUCUGCUGUUGAUCGCCUUGUCAAUUUCCAUAAUUUUUCUGCUUCUCCUUCUCCUUUUUCACAGCUAUCUUGUACUGACAAAUCAGACUACUUAUGAACUCGUUAGACGUAGGCGUAUUCCAUAUCUAAGGGGGAUUCCUGAACGAGUAUAUCCUUUCAGUAAAGGAGUUUGCAGCAAUUUGUACGACUUCUGUUGUGUUCGAAGCAGCAGUUACAGUUUGGAAUCUUUGCCUUCAGCUCAAGAACUUGAAGAAAAGUCAAUGCCCUACACUUGCUUAGAUGUUUUAACCUGUCGUUGCUGCUGAUAUUGUAGGGCUAUGUAUCAUUUACUUUAAAUCGAUUCUUUACCCUAAAAAUUUUAGUGUGAGAUUGGUGUAGAAGCACUGAUGUGCAGCCAAUUGUUCUAGUUACUAAACAUGGUUCACUGAAAGUCGGGUUGCUUGUCAAUUUUAGAUUUGUAUCUGUGAUGAUUCAAGAUUCUUUUGUUUUGCUGUGUUGAAGAAUUUGGAAAUUUUGUUCACCA